GGAGAGGUUGUCCGCUGCUCGGCGCUUCCACACAAACACUUUAAUGUCUGAACUCGGCUUCAGGAGCUCACUCGGCCCUUCCUGCUGAAGAGAGACGGCAUCGGGUCGGUCCCCCGGGGGGUUGUGCGGUCCGCCCUGCCCCGCACCCUGAACGCGGGUUCAGCCUCGUUCUGGAGACGAGCACUGAUGUAGCAGUAUUGCGACAGUGCUCUCCCUCUACCUCCGCCUCCCCAGUGCCUCGCCGCAUGACCUCAGACGGCUAGAUAGAUCCACGACCGGAGGGGGGGGAAACGCCCCUUUCCUCACCCAGGACGCCGAUCCUCCGGACGCCUGACUGUGACGACGCCACCGCCUUCCUCAUCUCAUCUUUCAAACUCCUCUCCAAGCGGAGGAACCAGCUGAAUUGUUGUUUUUUUUUCUCCACAUAGGAGUUGAACACCUCCACAUGGGCCAGUGGAGGUGUUGAAGAGCUCUCCCCCACCCCCUGCCCCCCCCCUCGCCCGGUUUAUCCUUUAUUACAUCUUUUUUUUUCUUCUCCUGGUUGGCUUGAGUCCGGUUCUGCCGGCCGUGAGACUUUUCAAAACUGGGGCGCGAUUCAUGGGAUGCAACCAUGUCGGAUCUCAGUGAGCGCAGGCCGGUCAACACGGACUACGCUGUCUCCCUGCUGGAGCAGCUCAAGUUCUUUUACGAACAGAAAUUACUGACUGACGUUGUGCUGCUGGUGGAGGACACGGAGUUCCCGUGUCACAAGAUGGUCCUGGCCACAUGUAGCUCCUAUUUCAGGGCGAUGUUCAUGAGUGGCCUCAGUGAGAGCAAACAGACCCACGUCCACCUGAGGAACGUGGACCCGGCCACCCUGCAGAUCAUCAUCACCUACGCCUACACGGGCAACCUGGCCAUCAGCGACAGCACCGUGGAGCCGCUCUACGAGACCGCCUGCUUCCUGCAGGUGGAGGACGUCUUGCUGCAGUGCAGAGACUAUCUGGUGAAGAAGAUAAACGCUGAGAACUGCGUCCGCAUGCUGAGCAUCGGCGACCUGUUCAGUUGCAGCGAGCUAAAGCAGAGCGCCAAGCGCAUGGUGGAGCACAAGUUCCCCGUGGUCUACAGGCAGGAGUCCUUCCUUCAGCUCUCCCACGAGCUGUUGAUAGACGUCCUGAGCAGCGACAACCUCAACGUGGAGAAGGAGGAGACGGUGCGCGAGGCGGCCAUGCUGUGGUUGGAGUACAACAUGGAGGCGCGCUCGCAGCACCUGUCCUCCGUGCUCAGUCAGAUCCGCAUCGACGCGCUGUCCGAGGUGACGCAGCGCGCCUGGUUCCAGGGUCUGCCUCCCAACGACAAGUCCGUGGUGGUGCAGGGCCUCUACAAGUCCAUGCCCAAGUUCUUCAAACCCCGGUUAGGCAUGACGAAGGAGGAGAUGCUGAUCUUCAUGGAGGCCAUGUCAGAAACGCAACACGAGGGAUAUGUAAUGCCCGCAUCCUUGCCUUAUACGGUAGUGUGUUACAGCCCGCAGGCGGAGAAAGUGUACAAGCUCAGCAACCCCCCCGGAGACCUGCAGAAGGUGGGCACCCUCGUUACGCCAGACAACGACGUGUUCAUCGCCGGUGGACAGAUCCCUCUCAAAAACACUAUCACCAACCACGGCAAGAGUGGAAAGUUACAGGCCGUCUUCCACUCGGUCGAUAGCUUCUUUUGGUUCGACGCCCAGCAGAACGCGUGGGUACCCAAAACCCCCAUGCUGUGUGCCCGAAUCAAGCCCUCGCUGGUCUACUGCGAGGGCUACAUCUAUGCAAUCGGCGGCGAUAACGUCGGAGGGGAGCUGAACAAGCGCACGGUGGAGCGCUACGACUGCGAGAAGGACGAGUGGAGCAUGAUGAGCCCCCUGCCCUUCGCCUGGAACUGGAGCACCUCCGUGGUGGCGCACGACUGCAUCUACGUGAUGACCCACGACCUGAUGUACUGCUACUUCCCCCGAGCCGACACCUGGGUGGAGAUGGCCAUGCGCAAGACCAGCCGCUGCUUCGCCUCCGCGGCUGCCUUCGGCGACCUCAUUUUCUACAUCGGCGGCCUCCACGUGGUCAGCAACUCCGGCAUCCGCCUGCCCACGAGCACCAUCGACGGCUCCUCCAUCACCGUGGAGAUCUACGACGUCAACAAGAACGAGUGGCGCCUGGCCGCCAACAUCCCCGCCAAGCGUUACUCGGACCCGUGCGUGCGGGCGGUGGUCCUGCUCAACUCGCUUUGCAUUUUCAUGCGUGAAACCCACAUGAACGAGCGCGCCAAGUACGCCAUCUACCAGUACGACCUGGAGCUGGACCGCUGGUACCUGCGGCAGCCCGUGUCCGAACGCGUGCUCUGGGAUCUGGGCAAGGACUUCCGAUGUGCGGUGGGGAAGCUGUAUCCCUCCUGCCUGGAGGAGUCCCCCUGGAAACCCCCAACCUACCUCUUCUCCCCCGACGGAGCCGAGGAGUUCGAGGUGGACGGGGAGCUGGUGACCCUCCCUCACGUAUAGCUCUUAACCUCCGCUCCCCUACCUCGCUGACUGAACCAGGAAAUCUGUACCGCUGAGGGAUGAACACGAAGGGGGAGGGGGGGGGGGGGCAGAUCGGAUCUCUCGAGAUAUAAAAGGGUUUGACGUUUGUCCGUGUUGUGGAGGGAUCUCUGGACGUUCGGAGGCUGUCGCUGGUGAACAAUGCAGCCCAGAAAGAUGCCCCUCAGAAAUACUAGUAAUCUGAAAAGUUUUUUUUUUUCUUCUUAUUUUGUCAGUUGUGACAUCUGUUAGAUAUUAAAAGUCUGUCAUACUGUUUCUACAAUGUGAUAAUCUAAACGUCAGCUGAUUUUUAUUUUUUUUGUGAUGAUGAUGAGGGUGAUGAUGCACUUAACUGGUAAACCUUGGAAUGACAAUGGCAACUGUACCAAAAUCCCCCAGCCCCUCCGAUUGUGGCGUCUCUCUCUUCCCUCCUCCUCCUCCUCCUGCUCUUUUUCUCUUCUCUCACCACUGAUGAAGGAACACGCCGCUGACAAUCUAUCGUUUGAGUAUCAAAGUCGUUCCCUGUAGGUUUGAGAAAGGUAAACGGGUUCCAGUGGCGAAUAAUAAUAAUAAAGUAUUUUGAUAAAUAUAUAAAUAUAAACAUCAAAAUACUCCGUAGAAACUCCUCCAACCACUCCUCCUCUCGCUGUCAGUAAGUCGUUCGAUGUGCUACGUUGUAGUGGAGCUUUGUUUCGAAGGACUACGUGGAUCGAUGGCGUAGACGUCGAUAAAGCAGCAGGAGUGGUUCGACAAGUUUGUGUCGAUGUGGAGCUUUAAAGGUUCACUACCAGGGUGGGUCUACCAGCUGCUGAUGAAUAAAUGUUCAAACUCACCAGCCACUCAGUAGUCAAUAAUCAUAUUCUGUCUGAAAUCUACCAGCUGCUCUCAUGUACCAGCAUUCGGCUGAUUUCCCACCCUGCACUGCUCCAGUUUGACUUUAUCACACCAUUAAAUGCGUUUUUUUUUUUUAUUGUCCGAGGAGGUAAAUUUGUUUCCAGAACCCGUCGAUGCUCAUAAGACAGUCACUCUCUAUUAAUACUAUGUCUUGACUAAAGCUGCACGGAGGGUUCAUCUGCCCACAUUUAUUCUAAUUUCUGUUUAUGAAAUGUCAGAAAUGUUCAAAAGCAAACCUCCACAAGUCGCCAAAAGCCCAAAGCUUUAAUCUUUAAGUAGCUUUAUCCAUCCGACCGACAGUCAGAAUCCAAAAUCUUAAAACUAAAUUCUCCCGUGAGAAGUUCGGACUCGAACAACGUCAUCGUUUAAAGUCGUUUCUCAAGCAAAAACUCUGGCCCAGCUUCUCAAACGUGACGAUUUUAGAUUGAAUAACGUCGACUGUCGGUCGGACAGGAUGUGAAAUAACUCACCAGCCCGCUCAGCAGUGAAUCAUUACGUCGUGUUCGAUCUCUACCAGCCGCUUUACCAGCAGUCGUUCUGGUGCUAACGUCCCACCCACAAUGCAUCCGGUUGAACUUCUUUUUGUGCUAUUUUCUGACAUUUUAUAGAGCGAACCGUUGAUCAGAAGUGAGAAUAACCGUUAGUUGUAGCUCCACUUUGGAUUAUUACUCGAUUGAGACGCUGACUGAUGUAAUCCAGGCCCGCUGCGUCCACUGAAAACAACUAGAAGAGCCACUUUUAAAGCUCACAGGUGCGAGCGUUUGAUCCUCGGAGAGAUAGAUUUCAGAGCGUUUCCUUUUGUUUAAAAAAAAACAGGAUCCAUCUCUCUGUCUUCACGAGGCCUCGCAGACGAGAGGAAACGGAGGCUGCCGGUUUGUUUUUGUUUGUUUUCUCCGGAAGGGGGCGGGAGGACCGACGGGGGAAACUAGUGAGAGGAGGAGAGGGGUUUAAAAGAGGGGCGACUGCAGGUCCGGUCACCCAUCACCUCUCCUCCCUCACCGCUCUGUCCUCCACCCCCGACUCCACUAUACCGUCUGUCUGUCUGUGUCUGUCUGUCUGCACACAGGUCUUCCACACAGCUAGCAGUUUACACCUCACUCCAUCCAUCGUCACACGAUCAUGAUGUUUUCCUCUCUGCAAACACACACACACACACACACACCCCUCCACUCUCAGUACAAACAUAGGUUUCGGGCUCAUGCAUUUUUAUUAUUAUUUUUUUUUUUUCCAAGCUGCUGAAAUAUAUAAAUAUAUAUAAUAAAAUAUAUAUUUUUCAUAACUGUUUUAGUGUGGGGAAAAUAACCAGGUCUAUUUUGUAAUUAGUGUCUUUUAUUUUUUAAUUUAAUAUCAGACAUUACUGUAGUGUGAUUGUGGGUAGAAAUCCAUUUUCCUAUCAGAUUUAAUUUUUUUUUUUUUUUCUCGAGUGAAUAUUGAGGAAUCUUUGCUGCUGAUUGGUUGUGAGAGGAGAGGGCUGGCCCACGGCUGUUGCUAUGGAAAUCGUCUCGGCAACCGCCAGCAGCGAUGGAGAGGGGCGGGUUGGGGAGGGACGGGGUCUUCCUCCUACCUUUAAAAAAAAACAAAAACAAAAAAAAAAAAAAAAAAACAUGAGCACAGGUGCUUCAUGACGAACCUUACUAGCAUGUUUGGCUGCAUCAUAUUCCUUUGGCACUGUAUUUUGAAUGAACGUUAAUUUAUUAAAAAACAUACCAAAAACGUUCCUGAAA